UCCCCGUUUCCGCGUUUGAAUAAAACUUUCCCGGGCGGCCCGGAGCGCGCAGAGGCCGCGGCGGCGGCGGCAGCACCGGGCCCGGGGCCGGCAGCGGCGGUAGCGACCGGGCGGCGGCGGAGGAGCGGCCGCGAGAAGCGCUGGGCCUUGCCGGGGCGGGCUGCGGCCUAGUCGGGAGGUGGCGGUGGGGGGGGGCGCAGGCCUCGCGGCGGCCCGCAGGCCUCGAGGGGGUCCCGCCGGCCUUGUGGGGGUGUCGGCGGCUUUUUGGGGAUCCCCAAAGCUUUUAGGGGGUCCUUCGGGUCUUUGGGGGGUCUCGGGGGCUCCACAACGCGGGGGGAGGGGGAGGCCGGGGCCCCGCGGACGCUGUGAGGGGACCCCGGGCCUUGCGGCGCUUUUGGGGGUCCCCACACGCUAUAGGGGUGGAGGGCGUCCUGUGGGCGCAUUUUUGGGGGGCUCUGGGCCUCGGGGAGGGGGUCACAGUGCCUCGGUGACCCUUGGAGGGGUCGCCCUACAUCUCUGUGUAUUUUUGGGGAGGUCUUAGGCUCUCAUCAAUACCUGAGGGGAUCCCAAGUCUCCGCAGGCUCUUUUAGGGUGCCCCCGGCCCAUAUCGGUUUUUUUAGGGGGUUGUGCUCCCCAAUUCCCCUCAGGGCCGCGGUCUGGGGGGGCUUUGGGGGUGUUUACAGGGGAGCAGCCUAGGGCUUGAUUUUGGGGUUUUUUUUUUUUGAUUUUUUUUUUUCUUUUUUGCGGGAGUUUUUUGGGGGGUGUUUUAGGGGAGUUUUCGGAGGCUGUUCUUGUGUUUUUGCUGAGGUUGUUCUAGGGGGGGAUUCUGAGGCUGUUUCUGGGGUUUUUUUGGGCAGUUUUGGAGAUCUUUUUGAGGCUGCCUUUGGAGUGAUUUUGAGGGUGUUUUUUGGGUUUUUUUUUUGAGGGGAUUUUCGGGGGUCUGGCGGGCAGUGCGCGGAUGUCCCGGGCCGGGGGGGGUCGCGGGGGUCCGUAGGGUCGGGGGUCGCCCCGGGGGCCCGGCCAUGGCCUCGGUGCCCGUGUACUGCCUGUGCCGCCUGCCCUACGACGUGACCCGCUUCAUGAUCGAGUGCGAUGGCUGCCAGGACUGGUUCCACGGCAGCUGUGUGGGGGUGGAGGAGGAGGCGGCGGCGGAGAUCGACCUGUACCACUGCCCCCAGUGCGCCGUGCUCAGGGGGCCUUCCGUCAUGAAGCGGCGCCGUGGCCCGGCCAAGGCCCCGGAGCAGGACCCCGGUCGUCCGGCCCGCACCGGCAGCGCCCAGUUCAUCCGGGAGCUGCGGGGCCGCACCUUCCCCAGUGCUGACGAGGUGCUGCUGCGGCCCAGCGGGGCCCAGCUGACGGUGGAGUACCUGGAGGAGAACAGCUUCAGCGUGCCCAUCCUGGUGGCACGGCACGAGGGGCUGGGCAUGACCCUGCCCCCGCCCUCCUUCACCCCCCGCGACGUCCUGCACCACGUCGGGGCUGACAAGGUGGUGGCCGUGCUGGACGUGGGGCGCCAGGCCGAGCUGCGCAUGCGCCUCGGGGACUUCGUGGCGUAUCUGGGGGGACCCCGGCGCGAGCGCGUCCUCAGCGUCACCGGCCUGGAGUUCUCAGACACGAGGCUGUCGAACCUGGUGCAGACCCCACGGAUCGUGCGGAAACUCUCGUGGGUGGAGAACCUGUGGCCGGGGGAGUCGGCGCGGGAGCGGCCGAGCGUGCAGAAGUUCUGCCUGAUGGGGGCCAAGGACAGCUACAGCGACUUCCACAUCGACUGCGGGGGCACCUCGGCCUGGUACCACGUGCUCAGGGGCGAGCAGAUCUUUUACCUGGCGCGACCCUCGGCCGCCAACCUGGCGCUGUUCGAGGCCUGGAGCAGCUCCCGGAACCAGCCCGAGCUCUUCUUCGGGGACCAGGUGGAUCGGUGCUUCCGGUGCCACCUGCGCCAGGGCCAGACCCUCUUCAUCCCCACAGGCUGGAUCCACGCCGUGCUGACCCCUGUGGACUCGCUGGCCUUUGGGGGGCAUUUCCUGCACAGCCUCAACAUUGGCAUGCAGCUCAGGGCGUACGAGCUGCAGCGCCGCCUCAACACCCCCGACCUGGCCAAGUUCCCCAAUUUUGAGACCAUCUGCUGGUACGUGGGGAGGCACCUGCUGGACACCUUCCGAGGGCUGAGGGAGAACCGCCGGCACCCCGCGGCCUAUUUGGUGCUGGGAGCCCGAGCCCUGACCGGAGCCUUCCGAGCCUGGACCCGCCGAGAGGUCCUGGCAGAGCACGAGCAGGAGAUCCCCGAGACCGUCCGGCCGGGGCAGCUGGUCAAGGAACUGGGCAGGGAGAUCCGGCUGGCAGAGGAGCUGUUCCAGCAGAGCACGGGAAUGUCGGGGACCCCCUUUGGACCCCCCUGGGGGGUCCCAGCCCCCAAAAAAGGGGGGCCCCGCAAGCCUCCCCCCAACUCUCGCACCUCCAAUGAGGGGGGAACCCCGAAUCCCCCCCCAGCCCCUCCUGAGGAGGAUGAGGAGGUUGACCCCCCCAGCUCCAGCCCGGAGGAGACGGACCCCGACUCCGAGGGGGACCCCCAGAUCCUGCUGGCCAACGGGGGGGCUCGCUCCCCCCUGGACCUGGACUCGGAGGAGGAGCUGCAGAUCGAUGAGACCCCCCCGCGGCGGGGCCCGCGCCGCCUGCCCCGGCUCCCCCGGAAGCUGCCCCGGGCCAAGCCCUGCUCGGAUCCCAACCGGGUGCGGGAGCCGGGAGAGGUCGACUUCGACAUCGAGGAGGAUUACACCACGGACGAGGAGGACGAGGGGGGCGCUGGGGGCAGCGCCGGGAUCCUGGACCUGCUCAAGGCCAGCCGGCAAGUGGGGGGCUCCGAGUACCCCCAGCUCAGCGAGGCCCCUGCCUCCCCCAGCACGCGUGAGGCCAUCCAGGGCAUGCUCUGCAUGGCCAACCUGCCCGCGGGGACCCCCCUGGGACCCCCAAACUGGUGGGGAGGGGGCGGGGGGACCGAAAGGGGGGGUCCUGGGGGGUCUGGGGGGCCCCGCAGAGCCCCCCCCGCCCCCCGGAGCACCGACAGCGAGGCCGAGGGGAGCCUGGACGAGCAGGACAGCCUGGGGGCCUGCUUCAAGGAUGCUGAGUACAUUUACCCCUCACUGGAGUCGGACGAGGACGACCCCGCCCUAAAAUCGCUCCCCAAAAAGAAGAAAGUGACGGACGACGCCCCCUGGAGCCCCAAAGCGCGGGUGACGCCGUCGCUGCCCCGGCAGAGCCGCCCGGUGCGGGAGGGGACGCGCGUGGCCUCGGUGGAGACGGGGCUGGCGGCAGCCGCUGCCAAACUGGCCCAGCAGGAGCACCGAAAGCUGCAGCGCAGGAAGGGCCCUGCCAAGCGCCGCCCCCCCUCACCCCCCUCCCCAGAGGAAGAAGAGGAGGAGGAAGAAGAAGAGGAAGAGGAAGAUGAGGAAGACGAAGACCCCGAAGUUGAGCCCGAGGGGGACGCGGAGGCCGAGGCGGAGCUGGGGGGGGGCGAAGCCGAGGCCGAGCCCCCCCCGGAGCCGCCCCCGGAGCCGCCGUACCCGCCCAGCCUGGCUGACCACGAGUACACGGCGCGGCCGGGGGGUCCGGGACCCCCACCCGGGGCUCAGCCCGGCCGGGCCCCCACCCCCAUGGCCCCGGGGGUGUUCCUGAGCCAGCGCCGGGGCCCCCCCGGAACGGCGCCCCCCAGCCACGGGAAGCGCCCCCGGAAGGGUUUGGCCACAGCCAAGCAGCGCCUGGGCCGGAUCCUCAAAAUCCACCGCAACGGGAAACUGCUGCUCUGAGGGCGGGGCCGGCCACGCCCUGCCAGGCUCCGCCCACGCCCCGCCAGGCUCCGCCCACCACCGGCUGAACAAUGAACUAUGGGCGGGGCUCUGCAGAAGGGGGCGGGGCCUGGCAGGACCACACCUAUCAGAACAACGUGCUUGCUAAAA